AUGCCCUCAGUAGAUGGCGUCCGCCGCCGCCGCAUGGAAGCCAAGACGAUCGAUGUCAAGCAGCUCUUGGGUCAGACUUUGAAGCUCCAGCUGGAUCUCUCAGAGACCAUAGCCGAUGUCAAGGCUAUGAUUUAUGAGCAGGAGGGCACUCACCCGAUGCAACAGGUACUGAUAUUCAGCGGACAGCGGCUCGGCGACGAUCACCGUACCUUGGCGGAUUAUGGCGUCCAGCAUGGGCCAUCUUCAACUCUCUAUCUGGUCAAACUCCUCCCGCGGGCUGCGGCUGUCGACGAGGGCAGCAGCCACAGCCACGACCAGCAGUCCUCCGGGUCCCAGUCUCAGACUCUAGUGGCCGCUCAUGAGGGCAGAAACGAGCAAAUGGAGGCGAGCAGCGAGACGGAGGAGCCACCGAGCAUGGUCGUCAACGACACUGCGCCCCUCGUUGAUCAGUUCAUCAAGCAGCAGCAGAUACGUUGGUCCAAAUACUCUGUCAAAGCUCUCGUGUUCGCGAUUACUACGUUGGUCACUUAUCUGGGUUCAGCAUCAACAUUAUUCUCCACCGGAAACAUGGUCUUCAAGAUCUCUAUUGGAGCCUUCUUCAUCGCCGAUGCCACGCUCUCAAUAAUGAUGCCACCAAAGAUGGGCAGUGCCUUAGUCUACUUCUCAUGCUUCCUUCUAGUGUUAGUGUCAUACCUUCUACUUGUUUCGUUCAACAAGUACUAUGGCUACGCCAUCCUACCGGCGCCGCUCCCUAUUGUCGCUGCUCUCCUUCAACAUAAAUUGCUGUCUGGACUGACGAGACAACAAAGGAUUAACAGCGAAGGUGAUCAGCAGAAUGGCGAUAUCGAGGUAUCUGGUCAAGCUCAUGACAAUGGCGAAGAAUAUCAAGAGCAUUUAGACCAUAUAUUCGAGUUAUCAGCUGAUAUUGUCAACUGUGGCGGCCUCGUCACUGUGGUCUUUGGAAACUCUAUGGUAGGGCCAGUCACUGCAGUCGGAUUUUUGUUCUUCUAUACUAUGGCUCUUGGGCUAUAUCUGAUGAUGGUCACAACGGUGAGGACUGCGGUUCUUAAUCCUCAUGCCAGGUACCUGGCCAUCCUGCUGAAGGUCCUGCUAGUGAUCACGCUUAUCACUGCCUUGAUCCAUGGUGUUCGCCACUAA